GGUCCCGGCGGCGGCGGCGGAGGCGGCGCGCCGAGGAGCCGGGCGCGAUGGAGCGGAAGAGGUGGGAGUGCCCGGCGCUCCCUCAGGGCUGGGAGAGGGAAGAAGUGCCCAGAAGGUCGGGGCUGUCGGCCGGCCACAGGGAUGUCUUUUACUAUAGCCCCAGCGGGAAGAAGUUCCGGAGCAAGCCACAGCUGGCACGGUACCUGGGGGGUUCCAUGGACCUGAGCACCUUUGACUUCCGGACGGGCAAAAUGCUAAUGAGCAAGAUCAACAAGAGCCGGCAGCGGGUCCGCUACGACUCCUCCAGCCAGGCCAAGGGCAAGCCCGACCUGAACACGGCCCUCCCGGUCAGGCAGACAGCGUCCAUCUUCAAGCAGCCAGUGACCAAGAUCACCAACCACCCCAGCAACAAGGUGAAGAGCGACCCACAGAAGGCCGUGGAGCAGCCCCGGCAGCUCUUCUGGGAGAAGAAGUUGAGUGGCCUGAACGCCUUUGACAUCGCUGAGGAGCUCGUGAAGACCAUGGACCUCCCCAAGGGCUUGCAAGGCGUGGGUCCCGGCUGCACCGAUGAGACCCUGCUCUCGGCCAUCGCCAGCGCCCUGCACACCAGCAGCAUGCCCAUCACCGGGCAGCUCUCGGCCGCCGUGGAGAAGAACCCGGGGGUGUGGCUCAACACUGCCCAGCCCCUCUGCAAGGCCUUCAUGGUGACAGAUGAGGAUAUCAGGAACCCCUCGGGAGGAGACGGUGGCUUGCCCACAUGGAUGGGCCUGCCAUGGGCAGUGGGCCCGGCGCAGUGGCGUGUGGCACAUUGCAAGGGGCUGAGAGGCAGGGAAGCAGGAGGAGUUGGUGCAGCAGGUGCGCAAGCGGCUGGAGGAGGCCCUGAUGGCCGACAUGCUGGCCCACGUGGAGGAGCUGGCCCGGGACGGUGGGGCACCGCUGGGCGAGGCGGGUGUGGACGACGAUGAGGACGAGGAUGACGAGGAAGAGGAGGGCCCCGACCAGGACCCAGACCUGGAGCACGUGUAGGGCGGGAGCCCCUGGGCGGGACCCUGAGGGCGCCCCUGUCCCAGAGCCCUGCCCCAGCCCCGCCCCCAGGGCAGGCUGGGCCAGGCCCUCCAGGGGGAAGGCGGCCCCUCCGCGCCUGGCAUACCCCCUCCCUCGGGCCUCAGGGCUCGGCUGAGGGCGGCCCCCACCCAGCAGACCCCCGCAUUUGCUCUUCUCUGAAGGGCCUGGUCUGGAAGUGCAGGUCGCUCCUGGGCCCAUCUGCAGGAGGCCCGCCGGGGGCCAUCGCCCCAUGCCGGACUCGGGGACCCCGGCCUCACAGCCCACCCCACACGGCCGCCACCCUGAGCGCCUCACUCGGGACUGCUGCCACUGCACGGCCAGAGAGGUGGUUUUGAGACAGUCUUUGCCCCAGCGUGUCGGCACUCCGGCGGGUGCAGGACGGUGCCCGUGCCCCCUGGCCCGGCGGCGCUGACUGCUCGGAGCACCCGGAGCAGACGGCACGACCCAGACGUCUCCUUCCAUGAACCUGCAGUGCAGAUGGGCCGGCGUCUGUGUCACCACCGGACUAACCAUUGGUGGUUGCCGCACGUGGACACAAACUCCGGCCUUUGCAUCUGAAAACCGUGCUGCCCGUGGCCCUGCCAGAGGGUCAGCCUCCGGCAGCAGGACACCAGGCCAGGGGCACAGCACACAGGAACCCCCGGGCCAACCCCGUGUGCGUUGCCUCUCUAGCAGGCACAGUGGUGCCCGGCCUGUAGGCUCUGGGCCGUUUUGCUGCCUGGCCAGAGCUGGCACCGGGCACAGCUCCCCCACGGCUCCAUCCCUGGGCCGCCUUCGCGGCUGAGCAUCUCCAGGCGCCGGGCACCCAGAGCAGUGCCGUUAGGAGCUCCGGCCGAGAGGCUGUCACCGUCGUACUGCUCCACCGCCGUCCCGUCCGGGGCAGGGCUGCCGCCACGUCCUGCUCUGCCCCUAGCCACAGCCUGCAGGUGUCAGGACCUGGGUUGCUGCCUCAUUUGUCAGACACCCAAUUGUGGGGGUCGCUGCCCACCUGCUCCCCACAGGACAUCAGGCUGAUGGCAUCCUUCCGAGUCGAGUCAGCACAAAUCACUUCAGACCACGGAGGCUGCCUGCGCCUGUGGCCGUGUGACACGUGGCUGUGGUGCUGGUGCCGGGAGUCAGGGAGGCCCUGGCUGCUGAUGGGGCUGCAGGGCUGGGUCCUGUCCUGUGGGUGGCAACUGAAUAAAGCCAUCAUGUGUACCUGG